AUGGCGGGGUUGCCAACCACAGAGAUUGGGAGCGUGAACGUGGACGCGGAGAUCGAGAUGAUCGUGAACGAGAAAAGCAGUGAAGGCACCAGUCUUUACGUUGCCAACUUGAGUUUCCGCUGCAACACGCCUGAACUUUCCGAUGUCUUCUCCAAGUUCGGAAAGCUCCAGAGCGUUUCUGUCCAGCGUUGGCCUCAUGGCGAAUCUCGUGGCUUCGGCUUCGUGAACUUCGAAGAUCCUGAGGCUGCCGAUACUGCGAUGCGAGAGUUGCAAGACGUCGUCGUUGCAGACCGUGCAAUCACUAUCCAGAAGAGCAGGCGCUCCAAGCCCCAUGACAAGACUCCAGGCACUUACAUGGGCCCACGAUCAGCCUCGAGCAAGUAUGGAACUGGCAGGAGCGAUGAUCGUGGAAGGCCAAGGAGCCGUGAGCGAGACGACAGGAGGAGAGACAGUCGCGAUGACUACGGCCGCUCUGACCGUUACGAUGACCGCGGAGGACGUGGAUACUCGCGCAGUUACGAUGACCGCGGGCGCUCACGUGACGACCGUGGCUACCCCGACACCCGCGAUCGCUACGAUGAUCGGAGGGGAGGAGGCAGAAGCCGCGAGCGCUACGACGAUCGGAGCAGGGGCUACGGAGGUCAUUCCAGCCGGUACGAUGAAGGAGGGCGAGGCUAUGACGAUCGUGGCUCCCGAGGAGGUAACGAUCGUAACUAUGGCCGCGGCCGCGAUGCCUAUGCUGAGAGACCUCCUCCUCCUGACGACCGACGACGCUACUAA